GUUUCUGCCUUUCAAAAAAUCUGCGUGUUUCUGCAUAGUAAGCGAUUGUUGUACCAUUCGCAUUGGACUGUUCAUGGAGGAAACUGUUGAACGUUUGAGAUCGUAAAAAGGUGAUGGCUGGUAAGGAAAUUGAACUGAUGAAAUUUCAAGCACGAUUUCAACUUCAUAUGGCAAGGCGAAAUAAACGUUGCCGACUCGAUAUCGAAUCACAGGACGGUCGACAUCUUCGAAUAAAAUUGACGUAUCACUUCUCUCUGUCUAUAUUGUCCGAGUAUAGAUGCUGUUGUUAAUCUGCUAUUAGAGUUAUUUGCUAUUUGCCAGCGUUCCUAAAAAAAUUCUACGCAAUCGUAGAAGAACAGCUGUUUAUCGUAUCGAAGCAAAUUUACGGCUAAAUAGCUUGAUUGGACGACGUAAAAACGACCUCUUAUCAGCGCUUGACCCUCACGCCGCUUCUUCGUCGCUUGUUCGUCGCUCGUUCGUCGCUUCUUCGUCGGUUCUUCGUCGCGAUAGGUCCAGUGUAUGUUAUUAACAUUACUGUCGCAUCAACUGGACUGAAUGUCUGUAGUGGUACGCCAAUAACACGAUGAUAAUUCAACAGUGAUCUUUUCUUCAAGAACGAAACAAUUCGUACUCAGUAAGAAAUUUCAUCCGACGAGUAGUGUGUGUAGCAAGUUUCCUUUCGUCCGCGCUCAACGGGAAAAUCUACGGGAGUCAAAGGUUUAGUGAACAAAGGCUGAUGUAAACGCUCGCCGGUGCACCUUUGGAGAUGUAGCGAUGAUUCACCAUUUGACAGGAGUACAAGGACAGAACGAGAGUGAAUCUUUCAUGGAUCCAUCCUCCGUUUCGGUGGAAACGAAUCGAUCGGCAACUUGUUUGUACAUCUACGCGGCCUUGAACGCUGCCAAAGAAACCUGUGCGAGUAGUGACUUUCAGAACGCGCAAUCAGCCUACGGGUGGAAAAAGCGUGUUGGUAUUCUUACAAGAAGAAAAUGGCCCUUGACUUUGUCGCCGGAUGUUUGGGAGGGUCUGCCGGUAUUGUGGUGGGAUAUCCUCUGGAUACGAUCAAAGUACACAUGCAAACGCAAGAUUACCGAAGCCCGAAAUACAAGGGCAGCUGGCACUGCUUCCGCACGAUUCUUGCGAAGGAAUCGGUAGCAGGUCUUUACCGAGGUAUGACGUCGCCUAUGGCGGGUGUAGCGCUAGUGAACGCAGUCAUCUUCGGCGUGUACGGUCAAACCCAGAAACACGUAACCGAUCCGGAUUCCCUCGCCUCGCACUUCAUCGCCGGCAGCCUGGCUGGGAUUGCUCAGAGUCCUAUCUGCAGUCCGAUAGAGCUGGCCAAAACGCGCAUGCAACUGCAGACGCCGGAUGCUCGGUUCUCCGGGCCCUUGCGAUACCUGAAGCAUACCUAUAAACAUCGGGGGUACCGAGGAGUGUUCAAAGGUUUAAACAUCACCAUCCUCCGAGAAGCACCCAGUUUCGGCAUCUACUUCCUCACGUACGAAGCAAUCACGAGGUCCUUUGGGAACAAGCCGAUCUCGACGCCACACAUGUUGCUAGCUGGAGGACUCGCUGGAACCGCUUCCUGGGUGUUCACUUAUCCUUUGGAUGUGGUCAAAUCGAGAAUCCAAAUGGACAACAAUCGCUACUCGGGAGUGAUCGAUUGCUUCAGGCAGUCGGCGAGAACCGAAGGUUACUCCUCUUUCUACAGGGGUUUGAAUUCCGCGAUCAUUCGGGCAUUUCCCACGAAUGCCGUCACCUUCGCUGUGGUCACCUGGACCUUUCGUAUACUUCGGCAGGAACCAGCCGAUCGGACAUCCGACACGAACGCCUCUGAAACAGACGGCAUUCGGGCUGUCGGGCAAGUAUCCGAUAUCUACGAACCUUUCCCUUUCCUCGGUAAAUGGCACUCUCCUGGCACGUUCCUGACGGGUUCUCCUCAGAGUCUAACGAUCCCCAGAUUCAGACACUCGACCUUGUCGAUCGCGUGUAUUGACGACUCCGUCUUUGGUAAACCUGUCGCGCGACAGUUCGACAGACGUUCCGAAUUCGAGACUCGGCACAACGUCAUCGGUGAACAACAAGUUCAAGAUGACAAGUCCGAUCAAGUUGAAGAGAGGUCGAGAGGAAGAGAGGAUAUCGCCGAUGAAAGUAGCGAAAGGAAAGUUGAAUUGCUGGACGUUGAAAGGGGGAUCGGCGAAUGUCGUGUCAUCGAAGCGUCGGGACUUUUGACCAGCUCUUGAAGCUAGUUAUCAAAGCUGGUACACGGACACGUUCGAAUGCUUUUCAUUCUUCUCAUUCUCUUGGUUAUUUAUUCGAGCAGAAAUUUUAUGGGAAGAACACGAGCUACCAUUAGUGCGUUUACAUGUUCUACAUUCGGAGACGUAACUAUUAUAGAUGAAAGUGAACAAUUCUCGAGCACUUUGCUCCAUGUUUUGUAAAAGAGAAAAGAUCGAAAUAAAUCAAUGUUAAUCUGUUACAUGUUGAUUGAAAUGUCGACAAGUCGCAAAUUUCAAAUUAGCUAACAUUCAUUCUAACUUGGUUCAUUCGGUUAUCAUCGUUACUUUCUUUACUUUAUUUUACACCAUACUUGCAUACAUACGUGUCACAUGGGACAAUGACAUACCGCAACGUGUAAACUUUCGGGCGAUGGGGAAUAUUUGUGGUUUUCUACGAUAUCAAAGGAAAAAUGUUCGUGCUGUAAUAUGAAAUAAUUGGAAGGAUGAUGGAAAAAAUGCGAAGGAUAGGCUAAGCAUUCGAUUUGAUUGAUAUUCUUAUUACAGAGAAACCUUGGUACGUACAAAAAGCUAUGUAUAACAGAAUAUUUGUCGUAAGUAGUUACGAGUGCUUUUCGACGCAAGAACGUUUCAAUACUUUGAGUAUUAAUUUAGUCGCAUGCUAAUCGGUAGAAUAUUAUUUACAAGUAAAUCAAUCUUAUCUACUAGCAGUUGCUUGAAAUAGUCAAAACACUGACAGAAACGGCUGUUGAUAAGACGGCUCUACUUCAACAGCGUAGAAGCGCAGCAGUUCUGAUGUCAUUGUAAUUGCUUCAUCCUAAAGAUUCUAAUACGAGUGUCUAGAUUCCUUGAAAUAUUUCCUAUAUUUGACCCGGCACUUGUCUAAAUAAUAACGCAAAUGAAUGAUUUCGACAUCGACGUAAUCAAGAGAGGAAAAAUGAAACAUACAGGAUUAGACGCGUUUACCGUAGAUUUCACGAAUACGGAAUCUCCACCGAAAUUAUGACGAAUAACGGUAAAGUGGGCAACUCUGAACAAGUCCCCCUUCUGAUCUCAUUUUGCAGUGAAACGGUAUUGACUGAAACAUUACUGUGUAAAUCGAUAGCGCUCAUUUCUACGCGUAAAGGUCAGUCAGGAGAAUCAGUCGGAAUUUCCUGUUGGCGAACCUGGUAUAGUAGAAGAGAAAUCUACAAAUAAAAGAAUCGCAAACCACCCCAUUUUUUUGCAUCUUCACUUAUCCUCGACAAAGUAUAGUAUGUACAUGUUUGAUUUGCACACAAAGCGAAAGAUACAGAUUUUCACUUGGACGAUUCACAAUGAACGAUUAUUAUAUUGCGCGUUCAGCAUCACACUUACUUUCUACUCCGAAAACAUUCCUUUCACACUUGCUGUACGCGAGUGUACAACCAUAAUCAUUAUAUGUGUAAAUAAAUAAAAAUAAAUAAACAUAAAUAAACUACUAGUUUCGAAUGGUGUAUCAAUAUUGGUUUCUAUGGAAAUCAAGAUCGUUUACUCGGGUCUAAUGUUGCUUUCACGCUAUUAUAAACAACACGGGUGUUUCGCUUAGUCCUCG